UGGCGUAGGCUUGCUAUGCAUUUUUGCGGCAAUAUAGAGAUAUGCAAGCAAUUUAAUUCUCAGACUGCCACACAAAUAGCCAAACGUAAUAUUGAAAGCGAAUUUGCGGUAGUCGGCUCAUGGGAGGACACAAAUAUAACAUUAACAGUUUUGGAACACUACGUACCGAGAUUUUUCCGUGGCGCGACUGAAGUAUUUUACAGUGACCCAAAACGUUUUCAUAAAAAUGCCACACCACACAAGAACGAAUUGGAUCCGGAUAUUGAAGAACAUUUGAAAGUACAAUUUUCAUUCGAAAUCGAAUUGUAUAAUUUUUGCAAGCAACGUCUCUAUAAGCAAUACAUUGCCAUUAAAAAGGAUGAAGUGAUGAGACAUUUCAAUUAGUCCUAUGCAUGCAUAAUAAUUUAAUGGAACUUUCAUCAAUACAUAUAGAAUAAUGUACAAAUAAAAUAAGCUCAGGAUACCCGCGAAAGUGCAAAUUUUAAAUAAAUAAUACUACGAGUAAACGAACGCAA